CAAUCCAAAUGCGACAAUCAAGUGUUUUCGGAUGUAUUUUUAAAGGUCUGCAGGUCGAGCCCCCAAUUAAGCUAUUAUCAACCUUCUGUAUCAUCAAUAAACAUCGUGUAAACAUCGUGAUUAGUUAAAGCUAAAAAAACUGUUAAACCAGAGUUUCAAGUUUUCUGCUUUCAAGGCAAAUCUCUAACUGUGCAAACAUUGGACGACAUUUGUAUUUUAAUUUGUCUAGUUAAAUGUGUGUUUAAAACGCCUUAAAAGAGGGUUAGUCCUCCAGAGCAGGACCUAUUCCUUAUCAACUCUGUAAAGUUAAAGAUAAAACUCAGCUCCAAAAAUUUGGUAGUUCAAGUAAAGCAACACAAUGUCGCUAGUAAUUCAAUCUUACUGAACAGCUUCAGUAUCAUUUUCAUCGUCAACAUCAACAUUACUGCACCCAUCACUAUAACAAUAUCUCAUAGUUUGAUAUUUUUGUUUAUUUUUUUAUAUUUGUGAUUUAAUUCAACUAUUUUUUCAUCAAUACCUGAUCACAUAUCUAUUGUAAAUGGCUUCUCCCCACUCUUUGCCCAUCGGUGUUAUCAUAUUACGUAAAAUAUGGCCGAGUUGUGAUUCAAUUAGUCAGACUACCCGUUACAAAACAUCUGUGUUAGUGUUGACUUAUUUGGCCUACAUGAGUUACCAUUUAUCAAGAAGACCUUUGAGUGUUGUGAAAACUAUUCUUAAUCGUAACUGUAGUCAACUUAUACCAGAACCUGACGUUGAUACAAGUGACCCUUGUUGGUGCUGUUGGAAGCCCUUUGACAAAGAUAAUGCUAACUCAUUACUCGGCUUUCUUGAUUCUUCAUUUCUCAUCUCCUACGCUAUAUUCAUGUUUAUGAGCGGUUUCAUCGCAGAACGUUGUCAUCUACGAUAUUUUCUUGCAUUAGGCAUGGUGUUCAGUGGUAUUUUUACCUAUCUUUUUGGACUUGCCUUUUAUUUUGAUAUUCACAAUAUUUAUUACUUUUUAUUUGUACAAAUAUUUGCGGGAGCCUGUCAAACUACUGGAUGGCCAGCAGUUGUUGCAGCAAUGGGCAAUUGGUUUCCUAAGUCAUCUAGAGGAUUAAUCUUCGGUUUAUGGAAUUCUCAUACUAAUCUUGGUAACAUUUUUGGAGCCUUGAUUGCUGGAGCUUUUGUUGAAUAUAAUUGGGGUCUAUCUUUCAUAGUCCCUGGUGUAAUAAUAGCAUCAGUUGGUUUCUUGCAUUUUCUGUUCUUGGUUCCAUAUCCUGAAGAAGUUGGACUAGCACCUGUUGAUAGUGAAAUUGACAGUGGAACACGGGCAGUUAGUGGAAGUCUCGAGGAUGGUCAACAACCAAGAUCUAGCAGUUCUGAACCAUCUAACGGCUCUCAUCGACGUAAAACAGCAAAGCGUUCAAGUUCAAACACUGAUACUAGCGAAGAGGCACCUCUCAUUGACAACAGUGCUGUUGAAUUUGUCGACAAAGGAGCUGUUUCUUUCCUUUCCGCACUGAAAAUUCCCGGUGUUAUCGAGUUUUCACUAAGUCUCUUUUUUUGUAAAUUAGUUAGCUAUACUUUUCUUUAUUGGCUACCAAAGUACCUUGACGAUUCAACUGGAUCAUCUUCUAUGGAAUCGGCCUUUCUAUCAACCCCCUUCGAUAUUGGAGGUGCCAUUGGUGCAGUUGGAGCUGGGAUAGUCGCCGAUAAAACUGGAGCUCCUGGACUAACCUGUAUCUUCAUGUUAUUUUUUACAAUUCCCGGGUUGAUAGCAUAUGAGCUUCUGGGAACAAUCAAUUAUUGGAGCAACCUUAUUUUUCAAUCAAUUCUUGGAUUGCUCGUUAAUGGUCCAUACGCUUUAAUUACAACUGCUGUAGCAGCUGAUCUCGGAAACAAAGUGACAACCAGUAAUGCCUUAGCCACAGUGACAGCUAUUAUUGACGGUAUGGGUUCAAUCGGAGCUGCUGUGGGUCCAUUUAUAGCUGGAAUUGUGUCGCAAAAUGGUUGGAAUAAUGUCUUCUACAUGGUCAUGAUUUCAGACUUAAUCUCAUUAUGCUUUCUGCUGAGGAUUGGUGCAGCUGAAUGGAGAAAAUUAAGGAAUACGCUUUAAAAUACGUGUAUAUGUACAAAAAUAUAAAUUUAUUAGACUCAAUUUUCAAGAUUCACAAAUCCCAAACAAGUAAACCAUUUAUAAACUAUACAUUUUUCACAAAAUUGUAUAAAAUCUUUAUCGAAAUCAUCCAAAAACAACCAAUGCAGCCAAAAACUCGGAACGUGAAGUCGAGAUGUCCCAAAGACAUCAUUGCCUGACUAGAGAUGGUUGAAUGUCUAAUAACGUGUUCUGAAACCAUUCAUGGUUUCAUUUUAUUAAGCCUUGGAUCAUAGCUGUCCAAUUUAUAUAUUUUAUAAUAUUAUAUCUCCUCCAUCAUUGUCAUUGUUAUAUAAUUGCUAUAUUUUAACUUGAAGUUAAAAUAGUAUAAUUUUGAAUGUAAUCAUUCAUUUCUCAGGGCAAAGCCCUCAUGUCCUCUGAAGGGACCAAUCAUUAAAUUAAAUCAAAUUUA